AUGGCGAUGUCGAGAGGCUUCAGUGCCUCCUCGAUAAGCCUACUUCUCCUGCUCUUCGCGAGUCUUGCAAAUAGCUUUUAUGUACCGGGCUACUCAAUUCGAAGCUACAAGACCGACGAGAAUAUCCCCUUACUCGUGAACAAGGUCUAUUCCGAUAACAGCCAAUUGCAAUAUGCGUAUUACGAUCUGCCGUUCGUGUGUCCUCCUUCGGGCGAAAAACACUUGGGAUCUCGGUAUGCGAGCGGGCAUUCCAUCGCGCUGAACCUGGGCGAAGUGCUGCGCGGCGAUAGGAUUAUGAACUCGGAUUUCGAAGUCAAUAUGGGCCAGGACAUUGAGUGUCAAUAUCUCUGUGAUCGCGUUGCGACCCGACAAGACGUUGAAUGGGCUCGCCAGCUCAUCGAUGAUGGGUAUGUUGCGGAAUGGAUCCUUGAUAACCUCCCGGGAGCUACUUCGUUCGUCACGGUCGACCGGUCGAAGAAAUACUACUCGAGCGGUUUCAAACUCGGCUAUAAAGACUAUGAUGCCUCGACGGGGAAGCCGCGGUACUUCAUGAACAAUCACUACACUAUCGUUGUGCGCUGGAGAAAGGCUGCUGGCCGAGCAGGCGACAAUGGCGGGAAAGUCGUGGUGGCAUUUGAAGUGUAUCCCAAGAGCAUGGAUGCGGCUCAACGCAACGAGACGGGAUGCCCGCUUGACGUGCAGGCCGAUCACAAGGAAUUCUCGCUCUUCAUCCCUCCGAAGGAUAGUGGCCUGCAUCAGCAGUAUCCCGAUUCGUCGUACAUCCCCGCGAACGAGAUUGAUAUGAAUGACGGAGCAACGCUGACCAUUCCGUACACCUACUCGAUCUACUUCCGCGAGACGGAUGAGAUUGAGUGGGAGCAUCGAUGGGACCUAUAUUUCAGCGAUCAGGCUGAGACGUCAUUCACGCACUGGUUGGCGAUUGUCAACUCGUUGAUCAUAUCGGGCAUCCUUGGCGCGGUUUGUGUUGUCAUCUGGGGUCGCACCAUGCAAGGCGAUCUCAAGGGCAGAGGCGACGGCGUGCUCGAAGAGGCUCGCUUGAAGGUCAAGAAGACAGUCCAGAAAAAGGCAGGCUCUGGCUUGCUCGAGAAACUGAAUGAGGCUGGUGCUGACGGGGACCCGUCGGAUGAGGAGGUAGUGGAGGAUCUGAGUGGUUGGAAACUCCUACACGGCGAUGUUUUCCGCGCACCAGCCUACGGGGGACUUCUGGCUCCUGUGGUCGGAUCUGGCAUGCAACUUAUCUUCAUGGUGGCCGGGCUCUUGGUUCUGAGCACUUUUGGUGUACUCAACCCCAGCUGGCGUGGAGGAUUCAUCAGCGUUGGCGUUGGUCUGUUUGUUUUUGCCGGUAGUUUCUCGGGCUACUGCUCUGCCCGGGUGUACAAGACGUUUGGUGGCCAGAACUACAAGAAGAACGCCGCUCUGACGGCGCUCCUCUUCCCUGGCCUCACGUUUGCCUUCAUAUUCGUCCUCAACCUCUUCACCUGGUCGCAAGCGUCCUCUACGGCACUUCCUUUCACAACACUGCUGGCACUUGCUUGCCUUUGGCUCCUCAUCCAGGUACCGCUCGUCCACCUUGGCUCGCACUACGGCUUUCAUCGCGCCCCCGUAAUGGAGCACCCGACGCGUACGAGCAGCAUUCCUCGGCAAAUUCCGCCUCAACAGUGGUAUACGCGCAACCCGUUUGCACUCCCGUUGCUUGCGGGCUUGAUCCCCUUCGCGGUACUCUUCAUCGAACUCCUUUUCGUUUUCAAGUCGCUCUACCUGGACAAGUCGUCGUACUACUACGUUUUCGGCUUUCUCAGCAUCAUAUCGGCACUACUGACCAUCACGGUGGCGGAGACGGUAUUGAUCUCCACGUAUCUUCUUCUAAAUGCGGAGAACUACCAUUGGUGGUGGCAGUCCUUCUUCGUAGGUGGCGCUUCUGGUUUCUGGAUAUUCGUGUACUCGGCGUGGUACUAUACGACACGGCUGCACAUCGACGGGUUUGUGAGCAGUCUGUUGUUCUUCAGCUAUGCGGGAUUGGCGUGCACUGUAUAUGGAUUGGCGACGGGGACGGUAGGAUUCCUGACGGCCUACGCGUUUGUGAGGCAGAUAUACUCUGGCGUCAAGGUCGAUUAG